CUGUGCCUUAAAGCAGUCAAAGUCCAAAAAUGCCUGUUAGUGGCACUAACUACCCACAUGUUUUCCUUUCUUUAGAGCUGACGUUAUCCACCCACGCGUAGGAGCUAUUGGUACUGCGGAUCUCCCUGGAACACUGGAAGGCUGAGGACGGUGCAUAAACUGGAGCGGGCAGAGUGCGAAGUGGCUCAGAGACUGUGAGGAAAAUGAAAUUUCCCUGCCUCUCCUUUCGGCAGCCCUAUGCUGGUUUAAUCUUAAAUGGAGUCAAGACUCUUGAGACACGUUGGCAUCCGCUUUUGAGUAGCCAUCAGAAUUGUACCAUUGCCAUCCACAUUGCUCACAGGGACUGGGAAGAUGAUGCAUGGCAGGAGGUGCUGGUGGAAAGGUUGGGGAUGACCUGGAAACAGAUUCAGACCUUACUACAGGAAGGAGAAAAAUAUGGCAGAGGGGUGAUAGCUGGACUUGUUGACAUUGGAGAGACUUUGCAAUGCUCAGAAACCUUAGCUCCUGAUGAGGCUGUGGAACUGGAAACUCAAGCUGUGCUAACCAACCUACAGCACAAGUACCUGACUCCACUUUCAAACCCCAGGUGGUUAGUGGAGCCCAUACCUAGAAAAGGGGGGAAGGAUAUAUUCCAGGUAGACAUCCCAGAGCACCUGAUCCCAUUGGGUAAGAGUGGAGCAGUGAAUGGUCUGGAGAACAGUACCAAGAAAACAACGAAAUAAUGGCCCUCUCAAUAGACCAUCAUAGUAUAAUGCUAUCAGAGAACCUCUAAGUACCAGGGUAAUUCUAAGGCACCACUAACACUCAGAUCACAGCCCACUAUGUGAUGUUCCCAGACCCAGACUACCAUGCCCUUAUGAAGAGGAUGGUAGAGAAAACAUCCCUCAUACUGUGGCUCUGUCAGCAAAGCUACAGAGCCUCAAGAAACUUGGCCUUUAGGGAAAAGGAAAACUCCCCGGAAAUAACUUUUUGCUGAAAUCAAUUUAGUCCUGCUGUUUCCUUGAUUGCACAAAUAAAUGUUUUAUGGUAA